AUGAAUCCUAUUAAGACUAAAGGACAAAUUAAAAAAGAAAAGGAUAGGGAAUGGCAAAAGUCUAAUCGAACAGACGUGAAAUUUCAUAAAAUAGAAAAAAUCAAAACUAAACAACAUAUGAGAGCCCUUUGCAAAAAGCAAAAGCUUAAGAAAACGAUUUACUAUUUUUCUAAAGAUGAACAAGCUAAAACUGCAGACAUCUCUUUUCGUGUACUAGAGUUAAAUGAAGAAUUUGGUAAAUCAAAUAAAACUUAUUCAGACUGGCCACAAAUUGUUGACAAACAUUGCAAAAAAUGUUUUAUCUAA